GGUCUGUGUCCUCGAGGUCUGUGUUUUCGAGGUCUGAGUUUUUCGACACACUCUUAAAUGAUUAACAUAAACCUCUAUGUGGUGUGAAAUGGGAAUUUUCUGUGUUUUCAAGGUCUGCGAUCUGUGGUCUGCAUGCGUUUUCAAGGUCUGUGUUUUCGAGACACCCAUCAUUUAACGUCACAUCUUUAGAUCAGAACGCCGAGACAUUCACUUUUGCUGUGAAGAAGACGAAGUCUGUCUAGGUCUUCACCAUGGGGAAUAGUUAUUCCAGCGAACAAGAAAGACAGGAAGAAGAAGCGAAGCGACGCGAACAAAAUAAACAACAGCUGCAGAGGGAAGAGGCUAGAAGGAAAGAAAAAGAGCAAAAACGUCUACAGCUGGAGGCAGAGCUUUGUCGACGCCGAGAUGAAUUGUUCAAUUAUAAAUUUGGUAACAAAACCAGGCUUGAUAAUUUCCUGGGACUGCAAAUUGAAGGACAGGAAGGAACCAUAACCCUCCAAGACUACCUGCCAGAGAUGUUCUUCCACUUGGUCGACACCAAGGGUUUCUUCGACUACAAUGCUAACGAGGUGGCUGAGUUCAAGAAUAUCCUGACCGGAAAAACCCAGUCUGGCGAUAUUAUCCUUUGGCGUAGGGAAGGCAAAACCAGCACAGCAAAGGAAUUGCAUCAGAAAAUAGAAUUUGGACAAAGAAUACAUGGGAUCAUCAUUGGGAUAAAGGCUAAUGAUCCACGACUGGGAGAGGGGACUCUAAGAGAUUACUUGAAACCGAUCCGAGAUAUACUGCGGAAAACUGGAAUUGCACCCAUCACUGUUGUUACUCACCGUGACAAACUGAAGGAUGAGGAAGAGUGUAAAGACGCCCUUGACGAGGCAUCAGCCGCCACUGGAAGUUCUACCAGUCACACAUUCUUCAUGUGGAACUACACCAAAGAGAACAAGGAACGUAACCCAGAAAUAGAAAAAAUGGCAUUCGACAUCCUGCACUAUGCGCUGAUGACCGCUGAACGAGCAGUGAAGAUCAUGAAACAAAAAGAGAAGAACAAUCAAGAAGAUGUAAUGAUGAAAGCUUUGGAGGGAGUCACCGUCAGUGGACAAGUGGCCCCUGACUCUGAAGACGGUAAUUUGUUGCCUCCAGAGAUUCUUGCUCGAGGACCUUUGGCUUUGGAAGCCUACAGAACGGCCCUUGCUGAGGGGAGGACGUUCGACAAGAGGGUGCCAAUCAUGUUGAUUGGACAGGACCGCUCAGGAAAGACUAGCUUAAAGAACUCACUUAUGGGAAAACCGUUCAACCCUGACGAAGACAGCACUGUAGGGAUCAAAGUUGAUCCUUCUCAUUUCAAAGUUUCAACUGAAGUUUGGAANAAAAUAGAUGCCGCCAUGGUUGUGCCUCCAGAGAUUCUUGCACGAGGACCGUUGGCUUUGGGAGCUUACAACAAGGCCCUUGCUGAGGGGAGGACGUUCGACAAGAGGGUGCCAAUCAUGUUGAUUGGACAGGACCGCUCAGGAAAGACUAUCUUAAAGAACUCACUUAUGGGAAAACCGUUCAACUCUGACGAAGACAGCACUGUAGGGAUCAAAGUUGAUCCUUCUCAUUUCAAAGUUUCAACUGAAAAUUUUGGUCUUUUUACAAUUCUACGUCCUUUAGCUCUCGUUGAUCACGGUGAAGAAAACUGA